AGAGAGGGAUGGCAGAGCAGCAGAGACAGCGCACUCUCUCCACGUCGGGUGAGUCCCUGUAUCACGUUCUGGGAGUUGACAAGAAUGGCUCACCAGAGGACAUCAAAAAGUCUUACAGAAAACUUGCCCUGAAGUUUCACCCAGAUAAAAAUCCAGACAAUCCGGAGGCAGCAGAGAAGUUUAAAGAGAUCAACAACGCCCAUGCCAUUCUCAACGACCCCACCAAACGAAACAUCUAUGACAAGUACGGCUCACUAGGCCUCUACGUUGCGGAGCAGUUUGGGGAAGAGAAUGUCAACACCUACUUUGUAUUGUCCAGCUGGUGGGCCAAGGCGUUGUUUAUAUGUUGUGGCAUAGCCACAGGCUGUUAUUUCUGCUGCUGUCUGUGCUGCUGCUGUAACUGCUGCUGUGGGAAGUGCAAACCGCGGCCUCCCAUGGAUCAGGAGCCCGAGUUCUACGUCUCCCCCGAAGACCUGGAGGCCCAGAUGCAGUCCGAAGAGAGAGAUGGUGGUGACCCCAUCAUGGUUCAGCCUUCCUCAGCUACAGAGACAACCCAGCUAACUGCAGAUAGCCAUCACACCAGCUACCGAACAGACACAGGCUUCAACUAGAACCCUUCCAGAACCUUCUCCCAGACCCAGACCUCCCUCUCCCAUUGCUAGCUGGGACAACCUGAAGCCUUUCAGAACUGGAGUUGUCUUCCUCCUCCUCCUGAAAAGAAAGCACUGAGUGAUGAAAGGAAGGAGA